AUGGAGGACGUGGAGUUUGAGCAUAAUGAGACCCCACCGCCCCCCCCCAUCCACCAAAAGACACAACAAGUUUUGGCUGCAGGAUGUAAUAUCGUGUCAGUGACUUCUCCGUCAGCAUCAACACUGAACGUGAUAUGGAGCAGCUACCCCGGAGCUUCGGUGUAUUCACUGACCCUGAGAGUCGUGAACUCCACCAGUUUCGCCCCAGUGGUUGUGACGCAGACUGCACCCAGGACACAGAGGCUGAUUCAGGGGCUGAGACCUGGACUUGUCUAUCAAGUCACACUGAAGGUCUUUGAGUUUAUGAAUAUCGUGUGCACAGAUGUUAAAGAAACCAUAACAGUGCCUGCUGCAGCUCAGAUCACCUCUUCCAGAGCCCUUUCCAGUACAUCUAUAAGGCUCGAGUGGUCCAGCGUGAUAGGGGCGGACAGCUACAUAUUGUUUGUGGUGGAGUUGUUUGGUUCGCCCCCAAAAUCAUACAGCCAGACCUUCACGACCCUGAACGGACAAGUGAACGACCUAACUCCUUCUACAACGUACAACUGUUACGUUUACGCAUCAAACAGUGCCGGAAAAAGUGCCAGUAGUAACACAAGGACAAUCACGACGUUGCUGCAGCCGCCAACGGGUUUGACUCUCAUAUCAACGGGAAGGAGCACAGCCAAAAUAACUUGGAGCCCUGUAAGCAAAGUCCUGCUCUAUCAAGUGACCGUGAGGGACAAAUACAACCCCAGCAAAGCCCCGGUCAUCAGAAACACUUCCGCCACAUACAUGGAAAUUGUCAAUCUGGAGUCCUGCUCCACCUACACAGUUGGAGUCUCCUCUGUCAACAUCUUCCUACUUCCUGGGGAGGCCUCAAAUGUUAUGCACACUACUUCCAGCAUUGACCCGGUGACAACCGUCUCUGUGGACUACAGCUGCUCCAGUGGCCUUGCUACGGUAACUUGGGAUUUGGUAUUCGGGGCCAACAUGUACAGGGCAGUGGCCGUUGAUAGCACCGGCGGGUCCCUUAACUGCACAUCCUCCUCCACCAGCUGCCGGAUCCCCAUGCUCAAAUGUGGUGAGAAGUACCAGGUCCAUGUGACAGCCAUCUCUAACGACUGCGAAAUCACCUCCAAUGCCACCUUUUUGUUUGAGACAGUGCCCUGUGCUCCAGCCAAUCCUACAACCAGUCACAAGUGCUCCAGCAACGUGAUUGUCUUCAGCUGGGAUCACACCAACAAAACCUUCUACUAUGAGGCAAUGGCUGUGGACAACACUGGCAAAACGACUGCGUGCAGGACGGAAGACAACGCGUGUUUUUUCACUAAUACGGACUGUGGUCAGUUCUACACGUUCACUGUGUACGCCGUGAGCGAGUGUAACAGUGAAGUCAGCAAGCCUGAGUUUGUCAGCACCUCUCCUUGUCUACCAUCAAAUGUGAUGACAGGAGCUGGGUGUCACUCCGACAUGUUGAUCACCACCUGGGACUCUGCUGCCGGGGCUCUCUCCUACACGGUAGAAGCCCGGGAUAACACGGGAGAAACCUACAACUGCACCACCUCGUCCAACAGCUGUGCGGUGAACGGGGUCCCGUGUGGGGAACACCUCAGCGUGUGGAUCACCGCCUCCAAUGACUACUGCUCCACUGACCAGGUCCUGGGAGAUAUAGCUCAGACCGUUCCCUGCAGCCCCAUCAAUGCCUCAGCAUCAGUCAACUGCAGCCAAGACUCUGCCACGGUCACCUGGACGACGAGCAUCGGUGCUAUAUUCUACAUCGCCGUUGCAGAGGAUGGAAAUGGGAAUUCGCACAGUUGCAAUUCGAUGGGCACCAACUGCUUGAUCAAAGGCCUGAGAUGUGGACAGAAUUACACCGCCAGCGUCAUCGGCACCAACCUGGAGUGCAACAGCAGCGCCAGCAACGAGGUCACCUUCACGACAGCUCCUUGUCCUCCAACCAACGUUGAGGCGUUCAGAGUCUGUCCCUCCAACCAUGCUCUGAUAGUCUGGCAGAACCAUCAGCCCACAGGGGUCUACACGGCAACCAUAGAGGAUCAGAGCCGAGCCCAGCUCACCUGCACCAGCAACGCGGUCAACAACUGUAAGAUCCCGUCUCUGGUCUGUGGGAAGACGUACAACGUCACCGUCACCUACAAUGAUGGAAACUGUCCGUCCACUUCCACACCUAUCACCAUGGACUCAG